UGGAAAGAGUGAAGGUGCAUGUCCAACCAGUCUUAGGACUGACGACCUUAUGAAGAUGAUGAAGUAAUGUAAAGGACCCGGGCCCCCAAAAUAUGCGACUACUACAGCAAAGAGGGUUCAGCUUCCUCGGAUUUCGUUUUACUGUUGCUGGCUGACAUUCUCAUCUCUGUCUUUUUUUUUCUUCGACAAUGGAGGUGUGAAAGUAUAUGCCUAUCCGUUCGAAACGAAUAAAUUACUGGUGUGUUAGCUACGCGAACUUUAUAAAAAUGCCGUGUUCCAGACAAGCUAACGGUAAACGUGGAAACGAAAUGGACAGAGAGCAGUUUUACUUUCGUUUUCAGUCAACCGCCCGUCCAUAAUAAGGCGCUUGUGGCCAUCGCCAUCAUCAUCAUCAUCGUAGUCGCACUUUCUACUUUAUAUCUCUACGGAAAGCAAGCAGUCGGUGGCUGCCAAGCGAGAGAGAGAGAGAGAGAGAACAUGAAGCGUUUUACGGCGCUGCUCCCCAUGUCAGUAAACUUUACAAGCCUUGCCGUUUAGUUCGACCAUAUCACAGGCGCACUCCUGAACCCACAACCAACUUCCUAGCAUGCGCAACGGGAACAGCGAAAUUGUGACGUCACGGAGAAAUAUGUUGUUGGGGUCUCUGAACUCGUCCAACAAAAAUCCAUAUUAGUUUAGCUCACGGCAGCUGAACUUUUAUAACCAUCAGUUAGUGUUUGUUGCUUCGGGGAACGUUUGGCACACAAAUGCUUUUCAAACUUGACGAAAGUCGUCUUCACUAGGAAGUGCCCCUAGACCCUGGAAUUCCACGAUCCCCCGCUCAAAUCUUAAGUUCAUAUGUGGAUUCCAAUUACCAUCUUGUCAGAAUUAUUCUGUUUCUUUUCAUUUCCAAUUGUUGCUUCGGAAUCUAAAGCUACUACCUCGAUUGUACAGAAGUUCAAUUGGAUUAUCUUCACCAGAAACUCCUCAAAUAUUAAUAGAUUCCAAUCUACUUCAAUGAUGUAAGAAAACCAAUAACCUGCUCUUUAAGAUUUCAAUUUCAUUUUCAUUUUGUUCCACCUUGAUAACCUUAUCUCACGGCUGAAUUCUAUUCUGGUACCCUUAUCACUUCAAACUCAAUGAGUUCAAUUCGAUGGUAUUCACUGGGACGUUCUCCUGGACCCUUAAAUCUGAUGAUACACUGUCCAGUUAUCCUGAUAACCUCAACCUGUAUCCCUUCUGAGCACAAACUCCAGGAAUAUCAAAUUUGAUAAGUUUUAUCAGGAGAUCCAUUUGGAAAUUCCAGAAAUCUGAUAAUCUUCUAUUCAUAUAAAUCAACAGCUUCAAUUGCAUCCACUGUGGGAGCUUCAACUCGUUUUUGAACGAAAACCUACCCUCACAACAUUAAAACCCAGAACAGUUCAACUAGAUAGUCAUCUCAAUGGCCUGGACCAUGAAUUCUGACGAUCCUCCAUCGAAAUCAAAGUAGAUUCCUUUACGGUUUCUCAUUUUCUUGCUCCAUGGCAACUUUACCAUAUAUUGCAUUACUGAUUAGUUCUGUAGGUACCAUUACUAACAAUCGCUAUUUCUAAUCUUCUUCAAACAAUCCGUUUGUUUAGCGGGGCGCACACAAAUGCAGUUGACAUUAAAAAGCAUAUUUUUCCGCACUAAUCGUAUGUAUGUGCCGGAAAUAAAACGCUUCUCGGUAACGAAAAUAGUAUCGAAGAACAUAAAAAUAUAUACGUUAUAACGACCUGUUGAUUAUCGGCAUACGAAUAUUUGAAUACUUUAAAUAGAUAAUUCGGUAGCUACAUUACGUAGAAUCUUAUCUAUCGUCAUGUUCAUCGUUACUUUUAAGAUAUUUUCGUCGAUUUUAUCCCAACUAUAGUUUAAGGAGACCUUCAACUUUUUUUCCCGUUUUUGUUAAAUUUUCACAGGGAAAGGCACGUAAUAUAAAUUAAGUAUGGAUAAACAAUAAGAGAUUUCUUUGACCUCAAACACAACUAUGUAAUAUAACACUUGGUUUGUGAUUUUAUCCAAGGUCACUCACUCCUGACUUUAUCUGUCGUUCAUUACACUACGAUAAAAUAACUUUGGUUAUAUUCAUGGAACAGUAAUUAUUAUUAAAAAUCAAACGGUUUACCGUUUCAUAUCGGACGGAAAUACAAAAAUAAGAAUUUAUUUCGGACUCUUCACCCCUGCACCUUCUUAUUUUCAAGGAUUGCUCUUCUUCUUGAUAGAUCCCAUGAAAUCUUUUUCUAAAAGGGCACACAUUAUAGAUAAAGGAAAUAGUGUGAUCAAGGGAGAAAUAGUCGGAACGCUUAUUACUUGAACUGACCAUUUACUAAUUGUUUUAACAGCUCUCUAAAGGAAAUUUUUCGAAAGAGUUAAUGUAGGGAUGAUUCCGACGACGAUUUGGCAGAUAUCUGCAAAAGAGGGACGUUGGUCUUUAAUCUGAAGAGGUUGGGUGAAAGGGGGUAAUGUUCCUGUGCCUCUUCAAGAAUCUUUUCGAUGGGAUCGGUGAUCGGAAAGGGCUGUGUACUAUAAAGUUGUAUCCGCAUCAGUAGGCCUCCUCUCCUCGGUCGUCCGCAAGAAGAAAAGUUGGAAAAACAAAAGAAAGAAGGGAAAAUCCAGUCCAAGCGAGAGAAGAGAAACGCGGAGCGCGCUAUCAAUGAAUCGAUGUUUGGGACGACGCUUCGUCCGUCCGCCAAAGGCGGAAACGAGAUGCAAUAAGUGCGCGGCUCAGGGAAUCCCCCCUCCAGAGCGCGUACGCGCUGCCAUGGGUCAUUCACCCUGCCAGUUCGAGCAACAGAGCGCUGCCGCUCACUGUUUCGUAUAACACGCUGCUUACUGUUGUCGUGGUGUAUAUGCGGCGCGUUUUCCCGACCCGGCGAUCAGUUUUUCUCACAAACGAACACCGAUUUUCCCCGAAAAUAAACUUGCCUUUUCAUCAUUACCUGCCAUUUAAACGCGCGCGCGAAGCGGCAUGCCGCGACGUACGCGUAGCGACGCGAUCUCCAUAGCAUCCCUCGCCGAAUUACUGAUGAUAAUGACGACGACAAACGGUACAAAAACAAUAAUAACAGUGACAAGUGAACAACGCUCGUUAACAUAACAACAUACAAGCGAGGAGCUAAGGCUUCUACGAUGUUUCUUGCAUCAUAGUAACUAAUAAAACAAAAAAAAAAAGAAAAACAAAACAAACGGUGAUGUGGUGCGAUGAAGAGGACAGUGUGUUUUUGUUUAUUGAUGUGCAAGUGUGAUUAGAACUUAUUUUUUUGGGACUGUGACCGUGCGUGCGUACAAAAUAUUACUUUUCGUUAAUGGAAACUGGCGGUUCUUCCCCGAACGCCCUAGACGUUUCGAGACAUGAGACCGGAACAGGCUGGCGGAAGUGUAAGAGACUCGACGUGAAAAAAGACUCUAGUUAAUAAAUUGGAACUACCACCUUCAACCCUACACCCCACCCCCUUUUAAGCGCUUCACAAAUUGUGUACCUGAUUUUCAAAUUAACUGCUGUAGCCGCAAAAUGGAAAUCAAAUCAAAGCCUGUCUGGAAGGCCAACAGAAAACUUAAUUCAGGUCCGACUGGAAUUAUGACCUUCACCCGAACUCCGUGUGAGCUCGACAAAAUGAGCCUUUUCCAAGACCUGAAGCUGAAAAGGAGGAAAGUGGAUUCUAGAUGCAGCAGUGACGGCGAGUCGGUAGCUGACACCAGCACAUCUUCGCCGGAUAUCGUCAGCCCCCCGUCGCCCAAAAUGUCCGAGGUGAGCGCCUGUCCGCCGAGUCCCGACUCAACGCCCCGACGGAUGCUCAAGGUGGAAACGGGGAUGGAUACCACGGGGAUGACGUGCAUAGAAGCGACACACCGAAGAACAAUCAAAACGGACAUUGGCGGUUCGGAUACAGGGAUGACGUGCGUGGAAUCGGCGCCUCCACGACGACUGCUUAAAAUGGAACCGAAUGAAACUUCGAUGACGUGCGUCGAGGGUCCCAGUGUGUUCGACGGCGGCGGCGGCGGCGGAGGAAACGGGAAAACCAGCGUGAUCCGACCUCUGUCCGUUAUCCGAUCCCAGAGUCCACCCGUGCGUCAGAUCUCCAACGAAGAAUCGUCCCCUCCGCCGAGGCCGCACAGUUCGCCGGGUCGGCCGGCCGUCACGAAAUCAGCACCUCAAAGUCCAUUAACUAUGUCGCCUGUGACCAGCUCGUCGUUACAUCUACCGCCUCCACUAACAUCCACGAUGACCAUGCAAACCACCCUGGCGCCUUGCACAACCGUCGGCGUCAUAUCGUCACCCCAGGCCGUCGUGAUACAAAACCAACUUUGGCUACAGAAUUCGAGGAUAAACGGCGUCAAGCCCGAAAUAAUUGGAGGGAACUUGGGUUCGCCGGCUCUCAUCGAACCGAAAAGCCCUAGUCCCGGUCAACGGAUGGGAUCGAGUGGAAUGAUCCGAUCCACUCCUACUGUGAUAAUGGGAGAAGCGGGCGGAGUGAGAACUAUGAUAUGGUCUCAGCCACCACUGAACGUGGCUCCGCCGUUACUGGAUCCCCAGUUGCACGGUUCCACGUCCAACUGGAGCACCGGUAGCGGAGCGAGUUCCACGUGCUCCAAUCCCGAAGAGAACGCAGCCCAGAUGCUCCUGAACCUCGGCCAGGAGAGAGAAAGACCUGCGGCCGGCAAGAUCGUGACGGCCGCAGGCACCGUUCGAAGUGCGCCAGGCGUCACCUCUCCCCUAUCUCAUUUUAAUAACGUGCCCUUGAACAUGGAAAGACUGUGGGCGGGAGACAUAAGUCAGUUGCCAGCCAACCAACAAAUGCACGCCCUCAACCUCACGUCCACCACUUUGGCACCGACGUCUCUUAUGUAUGUCGGUUCGAAGAUAGACGCGAGGUCGCUGGGCACCACGGACCCGUCGACGACCAAUAUCUUCGGGGGCGCAGUGACGGCCGAACAAACGACGGAAGAGGAAGAGCAGCCGAUGAUAUGCAUGAUAUGCGAAGACAAAGCGACAGGUCUCCACUACGGCAUCAUCACGUGCGAGGGAUGCAAAGGUUUCUUCAAAAGGACGGUUCAGAACAGGAGGGUGUACACGUGCGUCGCCGAUGGGAACUGCGAGAUCACGAAGGCGCAACGUAACCGAUGCCAGUACUGCCGGUUCAAGAAAUGCAUCGAGCAGGGCAUGGUGCUCCAAGCGGUUCGGGAAGAUCGGAUGCCGGGGGGUCGUAACAGCGGUGCCGUUUACAACUUGUACAAAGUCAAAUACAAGAAACACAAGAAGUCGACCAAUAAACAGCAGCAGGCUCAACAGAAAUCCACCGGAAUGGACAAAGGGGGCACGGCGACUCCCGUGGGAGCCACGGUCCUCCAACUGAAGAGCGAAGUCCUCCAGUUGAAGAGCGAGCACGCCAUGGGAGGUGCGGGAGGAAUGGGUGGAGGGACGGGUAGCGGCAGCACCGCUGGCGGAGGCGGCGCCCUACCUCAACUAGGAAACGGCACUAUCCUAAAGACUGCUCUGACGAACCCCAGCGAGGUGGUGCACCUCCGCCAGAGGCUCGACAGCGCCGUAAGCAGCUCCAGGGAUCGUCACUUCUCGAUCGAAUACACUCACUCUAUGAUUCAAACGUUGAUCGAUUGCGACGAGUUCCAGGACAUCGCGACGCUUCAGAAUCUCGACGAUCUUCUCGAUCACAAGUCGGAUCUGAGCGAGAAACUUUGUCAAAUCGGCGAUUCGAUAGUAUACAAGCUGGUGCAAUGGACGAAACGGCUGCCCUUCUAUCUGGAACUUCCGGUCGAGGUGCACACCCGUCUCUUGACGCACAAGUGGCACGAGCUACUCGUGCUUACUACGUCAGCAUAUCAGGCCAUCCAUGGACCUCAGAAGACUGUGCCUUCGCCGUCUGAAACCACCACCGCGGAACAACUCGCGGGGGGCAUCCUAGAGCCAGACUUUACGCAAGAGGUGAAUAAGAACUUGUGUACUUUACAAAACUGUCUGACGUCAAUGAUGGGCAGGCCCAUCACGAUGGACCAGCUGCGUCAAGAUGUCGGGCUCAUGGUCGAAAAAAUUACACACGUCACGAUGAUGUUUCGACGGAUCAAACUGACGAUGGAGGAGUAUGUGUGCCUUAAAGUCAUAACCAUGUUAAAUCAAGGGCGGCCCGGAAUUAAUAUUAGUAAUAUGGAAUUGGAAGGGAUCCAGGAGAGAUACAUGACCUGUCUGAGAGCAUACACCCAGCAUGUUUAUCCUGAUCAACCCACCAGGUUUCAAGAAUUGCUCUUUAGGUUACCAGAGGUGCAGUCCGCUGCGGCACUUCUACUAGAAAGUAAAAUGUUCUAUGUUCCUUUUCUUCUCAACUCUGCGAUCCAGAGAUAG